AUGGUGUACAUUUUAACCCUGGAGCAAGCAUAAAUAUCUAUAAGAGUCGAUAAACCAAGCUAUUUUCCUGGAGAUCUAAUAAAAGGAGUCAUAUACAUUAAAGUAAAGACUAAAGAUAUAAAUGCUGGUAUUAUGAAUCUAAAACUCUGCGGUCAACAAAAAGCAAACUAACUGGAUUAACAAGGUCAAUUUUUCAGUUUCAAAUAGUUCAUUUAUAAAAAAUAAAAGAAAAUCACUGAUUUUGGGAAGAAAAUGCCAAUCAUAGCAUGCAGAAAAUACUUCGAGAUGGAGGUUCCAAAUAUAUCACCGAGUUUCACAAUUAACUACUACAAGAUGGUACAAUGCAGAAUCUUAUAUUUUCUCUCAGUUACUAUAUAAAGUGAAGAUGAGAAAUAUUUAUAUAAGCCUCCGAAGAAACACAGAGUGGUGAUACACAUACUUGAAAAACCUCAAAUACAAUCUAAUUUAGCAAUCCAAUAUGUUGGCGAGUCCAAGACAACCAAAACUUGUUGCCUUUCAACUGGAGGCACAAAGGUUAAGAUACAACUAAAUAAGCCUUAAUAUUUAUUUGGAGAAAAUAUUGAUAUAGUUAUGCAAGUUGACAAUAGUUCUUCAAAUUAUCAUAUUCAAAAAUUCAAAUUUUCCAUUUCUGCGUAGUUAGUUGUUUUGUAUAAAUAGUAAAAACGCAAACUAUCUAACUAUUUUGAUAUAUUUGAUUAAGAAUUAAUUUUUGAAGCUGGUGAUGAAAAAGAGAUAAAAACCACUUUCAAAUUACCAUAGGGAAAGCCACGAAACCCCACUUCGAUUUUUCCACAAAGUUCUGUUAAAACAAAACGAAUUAUAUUUUAAUAUAUAUUGACACUACAAGUGUCUUUUGGCAAAAGAUUAUUUUUCAGUUAAGAUGAUCUAAUCAUUCCGAUGCCAAUAAUUUUAAUAUAGCAGUAAAAAAGAGAAAAGGACAAUGUAUUAUAAUCAAUGGAGAACAUCAGUAUGAUUGGAUCUGUAUUUGAAACAAAUUAAAAACUAAGUUAAAGCUAAUUAAAAAGAUUUAUCUUUGGAGAUCAUAAUUGUUCAGGUUAUGGCGAGUAAGAUGGUUACUUAGGACUAGAAAGAAAAUAUCAUCCCGUUGAGAGUUUAGAUGAAAAGGCGAUGAAAGAUGUGAAAGGAGCAUUAGAAUAAUUGAUGUUUAAGAAACAAUAUGAAAUGGAAGAUAGUGAUGAUGAAGAUAAAUUAAUUGAAGAAAUUGAUGGAGUUAAUCCAAAUAAUAUUAGUUUAAACGUUGAACAAUCUGAAAAAUAAAAAUAGCCAAAAACUAUUUUUCAAUAAGGCAACAAAAAGGAUAUCUUUUUCCCUAACUAGAACUUGGAGGAAGCCAAUAAUGGUAUCUAAGAUCAAUUAUAAACAAUAAAAGAAGAAUAAGAUAGUAAAGGAACCCAAUACAAUCUAAAUAAUGCUCUCAAUUCAUCCUAAAUAAGGAAAAAUCAAUAAGGAGAUGACAAUGAAGAAUAACAAAAUGGUUAGUUUCAAUAAUAAUCUUAUCCAAUUGAACCUUUUUGUUCAUUUUAAAAAGUUAUUUUAAAAAUGGAUGAGUAAGAUCAGAUAAAAGACGAAAAAGAAAACAUAAAAAAACCACCUAUCUUGAAAUAAAAGAUAUCAUUAAACAAUUCAAUUGAUCAAAUUGAUCAAAAAGAAUAAAAGUAAUUUAAAUUUUAAUUUAAUGAUGCUACCUCAGUAGAUACCUUGGAUGGUAAGACUGGAGAGAGAUUAAGUACUCAAUGUAAAAAAAAAUGA